AUGUUAAUGGUAGCAGACCUCUGGUAUGUUACUUGGGUAGAGCAGAAACCUCUUAGGGCACUGAUCCAAGGCCCCCUAAACACUGGUGAAGAGGACUGGAAAAUGGGUCACUUGCUAUCUCAGAAUGGGACUUGGAAUUUAGGUAGUCUACCUUUUGUUAUCCCUGAAAUGCUCCAGGAUUGA